UUGCCGAGCGGCUUUUUUUUCAUUGCGUAAAUUACGCAACAAAAAGCACGUACAGUACGGACUGAAGAAGUGAACACUAGCGCUCUUCCACAAUGCAAUACUAGAGUUUUAAAUGAGUGAUAUUCGACAGAUAUUUCGCCCGUUUUCUACCCGGCGUAUUCAGAGAUUAGCCCUCCUGCAAUGGAAAAUCCACGUACAGACACCUAUCUGAUCACUGGAGGAUGCGGCUACUUUGGUUACCGCCUGGCUCGCUCCCUUCAUAGAAAAGGAGCCAAAAUCAUUCUGUUUGACACAAUCCCACCAAACCAAGACAUGCCAGAGGACAUCGUGUUUGUUCAAGGAGACAUACGCGAGUAUGCACACGUCGAGAGUGCCAUCACUGGUGUGGACUGUGUAUUCCACAUUGCCUCCUAUGGCAUGUCUGGCAGGGAGCAGCUGAACCAUCAUCUGAUCGAGGAGGUGAACAUUCAAGGCACGCAAAACGUCCUGAAGGCUUGUGUUGAGCAUGGAGUGUCGAGGCUGGUUUACACCAGCACCUUCAACGUGGUGUUCGGAGGCCAAGUGAUAGAGAACGGGGAUGAAAGCCUCCCUUAUCUACCUCUCCAUCUUCACCCUGACCACUACUCCAGAACCAAGUCCCUGGCCGAGAUGGCAGUGAUGAAAGCUAACGGCACGGCGCUGAAGGACGGCUCUGGGGUGCUGAGCAGCUGCGCACUGCGUCCUGCAGGAAUCUACGGGCCUGGUGAGCAGAGGCACCUGCCCAGGAUAGUUAGCUACAUAGAAAAGGGGAUCUUCAGGUUUGUGUACGGUGAACCCAGCAGCCUGGUGGAGUUUGUCCAUGUGGACAACCUGGUGUCAGCACACGAGCUCGCUGCAGAGGCUCUGACCUCAGAACAGCAGCACCGCUCUGCUGGCCAGGCCUACUUUAUUUCAGAUGGCAGGCCAGUCAACAAUUUUGAAUUCUUCAGACCUCUGGUAGAGGGCUUGGGCUAUCCUUUCCCCAAACUGCGCCUUCCCCUCUCUCUCAUUUACUUCUUUGCCUUUCUGACAGAAAUGAUUCACCACCUCAUUGGGCCCUUCUAUAACUUCCAGCCACUGCUGACACGUACAGAGGUGUAUAAAACCGGCGUGACACAUUACUUCAGCAUGGCAAAAGCUAAGGCGGAGCUCGGUUAUGAGCCCCAGGAGCACAGCCUGGAUGAGGUUGUACAAUGGUUUAGAAGCAGAGGCCAUGGGAAAAAAUCUCACGGCUCCUUCCUCAAUCGAUUGCUGCUAGACAUCCUGGUUGUUGCCGCCUUUGUUGCAGUGGCUCUGUCUUUUCUGCCAGUUGUUGGCAGCCAAUGAGCAGCUUAAGCAAAGAUCGAAUUCUGAUAUUUUUAUCCUGUAUUAAGACUGGUUCCUAACAAAAACAUGUUUAUCCCCAAGGGGGAUAAUUCAAUGUCUUGACUCAUUAUACAGUUUACACUCACACACAGCCUCAAAAUACAGACACAGGACUCAAACACAUGCAGUUGAGGGAAGAGAUAUUAGAGUGACGGGGCUGCCACGAAGCAAUGCCCCCCCGAGCAGUUAGGAGUUCAGUGCCUUGCUUAAGGGUGAACCACCACCUCUCCAGCUACCAGCCUAUACCAAUCCUGCGAUGGUGUGUGCUUGACUUGACUAGCCACCCCCUGGUUCCCGAGCCAAGUCCCCGCAGACUGAGCUGCUGCCUACGCUGGUCACAAGUCUCGUCAGGUUACAAAUCACAGUUUCUGUUCAAAUGGUCAGUUUACUUGCAGGUCCUUCUCACAUUAACACAUCAACUCAAUGAAAAUAGAAAACUUUUUUGUUGUUGUUGGUUGUGAUGGUAACACCCAUCACAUGUGAUAAGAAUUUAGAAUCUCUGUACCUUAAUGUCUUAAUCUUACAUCCUAUAGUUGUUGUCACUUUCAGAGACAACAUGUUAAAUGCUACCUCGUUUUCCAUGACAAUGAGCCUUCUCUGGAGGCAAAGAUGAUACCCUAAUACAUCUCUUUAAUGCUGUUUUUGUGGAAUGUUCUGAAAACUAAUGAAUAAAAC